CCUCAAAUAUAAAGCAGGCGACUUCGAAUUCAGUCCAUCUUCCCUAUAUUUCUUGAUAAAAUUCCAUCUCCCAAAAGUCUCUCUCUCUCUUCUUUCUCUCUCUAGAAACUCUCAUUGCUUGUUUUCAUCGACAGGAUCUAUUGAUUUCUUUAAUGGGGGGCUUCUCUUUUUAGUUAAUACAAAUAAAAUAGAAGAAAACAAAUAGUCCUUCUGCCAUACCUCAUUCAUUCCCCACUCGUGUUUAUAUCAUCACACUCCACUAUGGUUAAUUUGAUCCCAUUCUUAGCUCAAGAACAAAGCUGAUAAUCAGCAAACCCUUUCAUCGUUUUCAAGAAACAUUUCGUUACUAAUCCAUUGGUAAAGAUUGUUUCUUUUUGUUCUUACUGGGUUUUAUAGGAUUUCCGAUUUGGGGAUUUGGUAUAAUAUCGGUGGGAAUGUAAAUGGGUUCUCUUAGUCCGGUACUUCCGCUUAAAAGAGACUCUUUACUUAAAAUUUCACCAAAUAAUUCUUCGCAUUUGCAAAGACCCAGAUCAAGAUUUGCGAGGCUUAUUGGUUUCAAGAAGAUAGAUUACUUGCAAUGGGUUUCAGCGUUGGCUGUCUUCAUCUUCUUCAUGUUCUUGGUUCAAAUGUUCUUGCCGCUUUCAAUGGUGGAUAAAGCUGAUGGCGAUUUCCUGAAACGAGAAGCUGAUUCUGAUUUCAUCAACUUACUGAAACAAAUUGGCGAUUUGGAUUUCGGUGAAGAUGCCAAGUUUAUGCCCACCAAGCUUAUGAUGAAAUUCCGAAGAGAAGAAAUUAACAAUGCUUCUUUCGGUGGUUCAAGAACAUUAGCCAGAUUUCCCAAUAGAAAACCCCAACUUGCUUUGGUUUUUGCAGAUCUGUUGGUUGAUCCACAGCAGAUAUUAAUGGUCACAGUUGCAGCUGCUUUAAGGGCAAUUGGCUAUGAAAUUGAGGUUUACUCGCUUGAAAAUGGACCUGUUCAUUCUAUUUGGAGAAGUAUUGGAGUUCCUGUGAAUAUUAUGGAUGCUAACAAUAAAACAGACAUUACAAUUGACUGGUUAAACUAUGAUGGUGUACUUGUGAACUCUCUUGAAGCAAAGGAUGUUGUUUCAUGCCUUUUGCAUGAACCCUUUAAAUCUGUUCCUCUUAUAUGGAGUAUCCAUGAAAAAAGUCUUGCUACUCGUGUGGCAAGUUAUGUCUCCAGUGGCAAAGUUGAGAUUAUUGAUGAAUGGAAGCCUAUUUUUAAUCGAGCUACAGUUGUUGUCUUCCCAAACUAUGCCCUACCUAUGUUUUAUGCUGCAUUUGAUGAUGGAAACUACUUUGUCAUACCUGGAUCUCCUUCCAAAGCUUGCAAAGUAGAAGAUUCAACAAUCAUUCAUGAAGAAAAUCAUCUGCAUGUAAAUAUGAUGGAUAUUGGAGUUGAUGAUUUUGUUGUUGCUGUUGUGGGAAGCGAGUUUCUAUAUAAAGGAAUAUGGUUGGAGCAUGCUCUUGUGUUAAGAGCUUUAUUUCCACUUUUAGCUGAGUUUCGAAUUAGUGACAAUUUCAGUCCUCGUCUCAAGAUCUUAAUCUUCACUCAUGAUUUGACCGGUAAUUACAGUUCUGCCAUUGAGGAAAUUGCUUUAAACCUUAAUUAUCCAAGAGGUAGUGUGAGUCAUGUUGCCAUUGAUGAAGACAUGGGCGUUUUAGGAAUAACUGAUGUUGUAAUAUACGGGUCAUUCUUUGAAGAACAAUCUUUUCCUGAUAUUCUGACAAGGGCAAUGUGUCUUGAGAAACCAAUAAUUGCCCCUGACUUACCAAUAAUCAAGAAAUAUGUUAAUCACGGGGUAAAUGGGCUUCUUUUUCCAAAGGAAAACAUAAAGGAGUUAACACAAAUAACAUUACAAGUGGUUUCCAAAGGAAAAUUAUCAUCUCUAGCUACCAAUAUUGCAUCAACCGGAAAAGACACUGCCAAAAACAUGAUGGCUUUGGAUUCCAUUGAAGGGUAUGCUUCAUUGAUAGAAAACAUCCUUCACCUUCCCUCGGAAGUUGCAUCUCCAAGGGCAAUAUCGGAAAUUCCCUCCGAUAUCAAAACAAAGUGGCAAUGGCAUCUUUUUGAAGCUAUUGAAGAUCGUGAAUACGUAAAUAGAACUUUGAGGAUUCAUCAUUUGUUAGACAAAGUCGAAGGUCAAUGGAAGCAUGCUCCAAGGGCAAUAUCGGAAAUUCCAACAAAUGAUUCCUUUAUAUAUGAUUUAUGGGAAGAAGAAAAAAGAGACCAGAUAAUGAAAGCUAGAAGGGCAAGAGAAGACGAUGAGGUGAGAGAUAGAAGUGAGCAACCAAGGGGGACAUGGGAGGAAGUGUACAAAAAUGCGAAAAAAGUUGAUAGAAAUAAGAAUGAUUUGCAUGAGAGGGAUGAUGGGGAGCUUGAAAGAACAGGUCAACCGUUGUGCAUCUAUGAACCUUACUUUGGUCAAGGAUCUUGGUCUUUUCUCCACACUAAUUCUCUUUAUCGGGGGAUUCGACUCUCAACAAAAAGUGGAAGACCAAGAAGAGAUGACAUUGAUGCAGCUUCUCGUCUCCCUCUUCUAAACACAGCUUACUACCGUGACACAUUUGGUGAUUUUGGAGCUUUUCUUGCCAUUGCUAAUCGAAUAGACCACAUUCACAAAAACGCUUGGAUCGGUUUCUCUUCAUGGAGAUCUACCCCUAAAAAGGAAUCUUUAUCGAAGAAUGCCGAAAUUGCUUUACUAGAAGAUAUUGAAGCUCAAAAACACGGUGAUGCGCUUUAUUUUUGGGUUCGUAUGGAUAAAGAUCCAAGAAACCCGACCCAACUAGAUUUUUGGUCCUUUUGCGAUGCUAUAAAUGCCGGUAAUUGCAAGUUUGCAUAUUCGGAAGCUUUCAAGAAAAUGUACGGGAUAAAAGGUAACUUGACCAUUGUACCCCCAAUGCCCAUAGAUGGAGGAGACACAUGGUCUGUGAUGAAUAGUUGGGCCAUGCCAACAAAAUCUUUCCUUGAGUUUGUAAUGUUCUCAAGGAUGUUUGUAGAUGCUAUAGAUGAACAAAUGUAUGAUGAACAUCAUGGAAGUGGUUUGUGCUAUCUAAGUUUGAAUAAGGACAAGCAUUGCUACUCACGGGUACUCGAGGUUCUCGUUAACAUUUGGGCAUAUCAUAGCGCAAGAAGAAUGGUGUACAUAGAUCCCAACACCGGAAAAACACAAGAACAACAUCAUUUCCAGAAACGCGCGGGAAAAAUGUGGGUGAAAUGGUUCGAUUACAGCACCUUGAAAGCCAUGGAUGAAGAUCUGGCGGAGGAGGCCGAUUCCGACCACCCUACAAGGCGGUGGUUAUGGCCUUCCACCGGCGAGGUGUUCUGGCAAGGAGUGUAUGAGAAAGAAAGGAUGCAAUGGAGGAAAGAGAAAGAAACAAAGAAACAAAAGACGCGGGCAAAGAUUCAGAGGAUUAAGAACCGGACUCACCAGAAAGUCAUCGGGAAGUAUGUGAAACCGCCGCCGGAAAACUCUACGGUGGCGGCGGUAGCGAGGGGCUUCAGGUAGCGGAGGUCGUUCUUGAUAGGUUUUUCUUAACGGUGUAGGUGUAGUGGGAUUGGUUCAAUUCUUUGUGAUAAUCUUUUGUUUUUUGUUUUUUUUUUUUUCAAUUAUUUUUUGGGGAAAGUGAGAUGGAUAGGGUUUUUUAGAAGUGUUUUUAUAUGUAAAUUGCAUU